CACUGAGCGGCAUCAAGUGCGCUUGAAACAAAGGACCCGCUGGGUCCUAACGCAGGAGGUUCUAACAAUAAUACCUACCAAUACAAAUUUAAGUCAUUCUUUUAAUACUUUUAACAUAGAAGUCUAGUGAAAUAAAAGGUUAAUUCAAACAGAUAUUCACAGUUAGGCUAUGGCUUAGAUAAAAUAAGUUCAGACUAUUCAAAAUGCGUGUUUUACAAGAACUGCUUUACAUUAGAUGCGUGGACCCUCGACAGCCCUUCUCAGAUCUGGUCUGAUGUGACAUUCUGCAGUUUUUCUAGCAAAGCUAUUCUAGUCCCCUGCUCUUCACCCUGCUGACUCAUGACUGCACACCAACAUUCAGCACCAACCACAUAGUGAAGUUUGCAGACGAUACGACUGUAGUGGGUCUCAUCUCAAAACAACGAUGAGACACUACAGAAAGGAGGACAGCCAACUGCACAUCACCGGUGAAGACCGGUUCACUUCCUCCGCAGGCUGAAGAGAGUGAAUCCAGUGCUGAAGAUGGAAAGUAUGGGAUGCACCGUUCUGACACCAUGACUCUGGGGAAAGAAGAUAUGGAUAUAUUUGGCCACUGCCCAGCACAUGAUAACUUUUAUUUGGUGGUGUGCAGCCACUGUGGACAGGUUGUGAAACCUCAAGCCUUUGAGAGGCACUGUGAAAGGUGGCAUAGUGCUAUCACAAGGAUAUGUGGUCAGUCUUCUAUCCUUGCAUCUCAGCAGCUACCUUCCCCAGACUGGCAUCCUUUAAAUAUUCCUUCAUGUGUGGAAAAGCUAAAAUGUAACAAGGACAGUGCUCUGUCCUCAGCAGUGUUACCUGCCAACCGGCACUGCCCUAAAAAUGUCCACAAUGAGACAGUAAGGGUUCCUCCUUGGCACUCAGGACCCCUGCCCCCUGAUGAUGAUUCCUCAUUCACUUCUCUGUCAAAGAGUCACUCUUUGCAACAGUCGGCAACUGUGGAGUUGACUGGGUCUAACAUUCCUCUGCAAGGAAUGAAAACCUACAGCCGAAUUAACAAAAACGUCAACAAAAAAGACUAUGAGCUGAACAAACACUGCACAGUUGUGGAUCCAGAAAGGAAGAAACUGUGCAACAGAGAACUUAUAUGCAAUGCAAAGUCCAUUGCUGAGCACCAGAAAGCAUCGGAGAAGCUUUACAUCGUUGGUCAGUUGGCAGUGGAGCAGAAAAAAGUCUCAGAAGGUCAAGACAGGGAGCGACAUCCGAAUAGUUUUGAUGCAAAUCUAACAACUCGAGGCAGUAAAUGCCUCAUUUUGAGGAAUCCAUCAGAAAAUUCACCAGAGGAGGAUAGUAAUGGCGCUGUGGAAGUGGAGAUACAGCCUCCAUACCCUUUUAACCAGAGCCUAUUGUCAAGUGAAGAUAGUGAAGAGGAGGAUGAAGAGGAGGAAGCCACAGAUCUUCCUGCUACACCAUGGCACCCCAAACCUCUUGGCCUAUGCACUUUCGGAUGCCACACACUGGGUGUCAGCAUCUACACAUUUGACCGGCGUUUGCACCACCUACGAUUUGCCCUCAGUGCCAUGAUGGAUCGUCAUGUCAAUGCACACUUGUGGAGAAAAAUGCCUCAGGUAUCAUCAGGUCUCAGGUCUCAUCACGUUUCACCUCCAGCCACUGGAACAUCUGUCAGGGAUGUGGAUAAACCCUCUAAAUCCACUGCCCCCUUCAGCCACGAGUCUACCUCAAAGGAACAACAGGAAAUCAAAAACUUUCAGCAGAACUGUCACAUUAGCAUGCCACCUUAUUCCACCACCACAACUAGUUUUGGGUCUGGUAAACACCGCUACCCGAUUGUGCGACCCAGAAAGGCUCAGAUGAUGGAGGUGGAGCUAAUGCAAGAUGCUAAACCAGCACUAAAAGCUUCCAAGCUGUUACACAGUGAUGAGGACAUAUCUUCCAGAUACAUCAGAGGUCGCCCUCUUCAUGAGAUGGGCAAAUCACAUGUUCCUGCCUUUCAAAGACCAGCCAAGAGUAACAUCUCACAGGAAGAAAAGCCAUGCUUUCCUCCACCUGUGAGGCACACCGAGAGACAGAUUUCAGAUUUGGCAAAACCAGCCCACCACCCUCCCACCAGCAGAGAAAGCCCACCAGCUAUUCAACAGAAAAUGGACAGUGAUCACAGAUGUUCUGCUCAGAAGCGCAAAAGUAGCACCAAAUCAUUGCCUGUCAGCUCUUCUGCAUCCAGAACGUCCAAGUAUAAAUGUUUUUCCUCCCUUUCCUGCCCCAGUCUUAUCUCCUGAAAGGAUUAGAAUAUAAAAGACAUGCUCUCUCAGGGUUUGUAAGUAACAUCUGCUUCCUAAAGACAGAACUGCAGUUUGCAGUGAAAAUGAUGGACUGCCUUCCGUCUUUUUGUUAUGAUAGCUCAUCUUAGAAAAGCAAGAUGAUACUGUCUUCUUUAUCUGAGCUUAAUUUAGGUUUGUUUAUUUUUAAAGUGAAUUAUUUGUAAGUUGUUUACAUAUCAUCACAGCAGCUAUUGAACUCUGCUAGUAUGCAUUAGUGCAUGUAUACAUGUUUGCACACUUUUUAGUAUGUUCUUGUUGUUGUUUUAUGCACAUAUGUCAGGAAUUUAUUUUUAGGUUUUUGCAGAAUUCCUAUUUUUCUGGGUGUUUAAAUGUUUUAGUUGAAUAUCUGUAUAAAAACAGAAACAUACCUCAGUCUGUUCAUUUUGCUGCUAACACCAACUCAUUGAAUGCCAUAAUAACUAUACAAUUGUCAACUUUUAUGCCUUCUGUUUACUGUAGUUUAUCUUUGUUUCUCUAGUGAUCAAGCAUUAAAAAGCAGACUUUUGAAAUAUCUGGAGUUUUGCUUGAGUUUGAAGUCCCUUCUGUCUGUCUCAUUUGCAUUUUCUGACACCAGAUAAUCCCAACCAUGGAGAAAUGUUUUAGUUUU